AUGGAGGAAAGAAGGAAGAUGGAGAAGAAGGAAAAGAAGGGGAGGAAAAAGAGGAAGAAGAAAAGGAAGGAGAAGGUGGAGGAGGAGAAGGUGGAGGAGAGGAAGGAGGAUGAGGAGGUGGAGAAUGAGAAGGUGGAGAAGGAGAAGAUGGAGGAGAAGGUGAAGAAGAGGAAGGAGGAUGAGAAGGUGGAGGAGAAAGUGGAGGAGAAGAUGGAAAAGAAUGAGGAGAAGUUGGAGGAGGAGGUGGAGAAAAAAGAGGAGAAGGUGGAGGAGGAGGUGGAGAAAAAAGAGGAGAAGGUGAAGAAUGAGGUGGAGAAAGAGGAGAAGGUGGAGAAGAUAGAUAAGGAGAUGUAUUCACCCUCCUUCCAUUACUGCAUCUCUCUCCCUCUCUAUUUCCAAUAA